AUGCGUCCGGGAAGACCUGGACCAGCUGCAGAGAAUGUGGGGGAAGAUAGUGGAAAAACAAUAAUAACCUUGGGGGCAUGGAGGAUUGGAAGAAUUUGCAAGAUCUAUUUGCCUGUUUAUCUGUUCGGUAUUGCCAAACUCUCUGAAAUUCCAAUAUUUGUAUUUCUGAACAUUGAAAUGAAAGGUAUUGAUGGCAAUGAACUUGGCUGCAAAGCACUACCAGCAAUAAUGUUUGAAACACAGAUGAUUUCCUAUUCUAAGGACAGUGGUGAGGCACCCCACGGUAAGAACGAGUGGACCACCAUAAGGCAACGUAGCUGUGCUUUUGUAAACACUCCAUUACCAUGUAUUAAUAAAGCUAUUUAUCACAUUCAAGAGUUGGAAGUAAAGCUGUAUAAAUGCUUUCAACAGUAUGACCAUGUGUUUAAGGAAGAAAAAGUGCCACGGAUAACAAAACAGGUCAGUGCUGAAUCUAAUGAAGAUACCUGGUUGUCACUGGAUUUUCAAGAAGCUAAUGUAUCUUGUGAAGACAGCAAGACAUUAACCUUGAAGCGCGAAACAGAAGCUUUGCUAUUGGAAGUUACUGAGCUAAUUAAGCGACUGGAGGCCGAUCGUGAGGAGGCAGAAAAAGCUUUGGAGAGAGAGAGACAGCGAAGGAAAAAGCUUGGCAUGGAAAUAGAUCGUAUAUCACUCUGGAGGCUGCAGCAGCUCCCUGCAGCUGUGCAAAAAGAAUAUGAAAUGUGUGCUCAAGACACCUUGGAGCUACGAUGGCAUUUUGAUUGUAAAAGCUGUCAGCUGCGACAGGUAGAAACCCAAAUACUUAAGAUAGAAACAGUCAACAGAAAGAUUCAGGAGGAUAUAGACUUCAUGAAGAAACACAGCCCUCUGCUGGAAGAAAAGCUAAAUCUGGAAGGUGAAGCCGUGAAGGAUGUAUUACUGGCUUAUGAAAAGGCAUCAAAAAUAUAUAGCGAUGUUCAUUCUGAGCUCAUGGAAAUCCAAAAGACAAUGAAGAGAAUUGAUGAAGAAGGGAAAAAGAAGAUAAAAUCUUUGUAUGAGAAUAUUAAAUAUUCUGGGAUGCUACUAAGUCGAUACAAGAAUGAGUUAAAGCAUUCUGAAUUUAUUUGGACCGAAUACUGUAUGAAGUUAAAAGAAACAGAGGAGAAGAUUAUAAAGGAUGAAAAACACCUUGAGGAGUUAGUGAAGCAAAAAGCAGAAAUCCAGGAAGAUGCAAAAUGUUGGAACAGCAAAGUAGAAGACAUGAAUAACAGAGUAGCUGCCCAAACUGAUGAGAGCAUAAAAAUAUCAGAUACAUCUUCUGAAGUGGUUAAAGCUAUGGAAGAAUUAAAAUCCACCAGAGAAAGUGAUCUACGGAAUAUAAAGCAAAAGCUUCUCAAAAUUGAUGAAGCACUGAGUGCUUUGAAAUAUGAAAAUGAAGGACUUGAGGGAGAAAAUGAAGAGCUUUUGCAAGAAUUCAGAGAUAGUUCAAGAAAAAAGAAGUUGUAUCAGUCACAAGUCCAAACUAUCUGCAAAAACAUAGAGAAGACUGAAGAACAAAUAGAAAGGCUAAAUGAAGAGCUCUGUAAAAAUGAACUGUCUUAUAAUGAAAAAAAAGCAAAGUAUGAGGAAAUCCAAACAGAAAUAACUGCAGAAAAAAUCUCUUACAAGAAUUUAGAAUGGAAUCUUAAAAAGGAAAUUCAAGAUGAAAAAGAAGUUUGGAAAUUGAUUCAGGCCAGGAUUAAAACAAUAUAUGAUGAGCUAGAGGAAGAGCGAAAAGAGAAACUGAGGAAAAGAGAUGAAGAUAUGAAGAUGAUAGGAGAGAGGGAGAGAGAAGUAGCUGAUCUAGAAACAAAGUACAAAAGAAGUAAAAAUUUAUUUAAAGAAAACCAUGAGAAGCUUUCCUAUUUAGAUCGGAGACUACAAGAGCUAGAUAAACAACAGGAGCAAACAGAACAACAACUGGAGAAAGAAAGAGCUAUUCUGCUGAAACAAUUAAAAGAUAUACAGCAGCUUAAUGUCAGCAUCUCUCUAAGAAGUUGUGUGCUUGUAGAAGAGGAAAGAAAAAAAUCAUUCGUUUCCAGUAAAAUUGCUGAAAACUCUCACACUGUGGAAAAUUUAAAAAAUGAACUUAAAGAACUUGCUGUGUUACGGAACAUGAAGCAAAUGCAGGUGGAAAACACAGAAAAAUCUUUUGUCGAUUUACGGAAAAAUUUAAGUGAUGUGAUGUAUAAACAGCAAAAUGUGCAGAUAUUAUUUAAUCAUCUACAAGAUGAGCUAGCAGAAUAUGAAAAAAGGUUCAAGCGUGAAGAAAAAACAUAUGAACAGUUGCUACAGACUAGAAAGAAAGAUCUGAAGGAUUCUGAAGCCACUCUGGAGCAAGUCAUUAAAGAAAAUCUGUGGUUAGCUCAAGAAUAUCAAAUUUCUCAGAACUGCUACUUAAACAGUAAAGAAGACCUCACGGAACUUUAUGACAAUAGAAUCAGGAUGGAAGCUUCAGUUAGAGAUUAUCAGCAGGUAAAAUGCUAAUGUCACUCAUUCAAAUCAUUUAUCUCAUCUUUAAAAUUAAUUUGAUCAAUGCAGCUACCUAAUAGCAAUAGAAUAUGCUCUAGUAAUCUACCACCUGAAUUCUUGUGUUCUUCAUGAGCAUUUCACACUUUCUCUAUUUUCAUUUCUUUUCUUGUUUGCUUGUUUUUUAAAUUUUACAGAGCUAGUCAUGUAAGGUAUUCAUUAUUCCUUAUUAAUGAAUUGAUAAUUGCAUUUUUUUACCUGAAAUGUAUUUAUUUUUGUACAAAAAUGUAUUACCCAGUAUAGUAUCCGGUAUCUUACCAUUACACAUAACUUCUUCAUGAAAUACUCUUUCAGGGAACUGUGAGUUUUAUGACAGCUAUAAUCAGACACUGUAAGCCUUUAAUUUAGCAAACAGUCAAAUGAAAAUGAAAAAAGUUAAAAUCUAGUUUGAUGAACAUUCAUGAUGGAGGUAUAGUG